AUGUUUGAGCAGGAAGAGACCAACGCCAAGGCUGGAGCUUGGACCGAAGCUGCAAAGCUCGAAUUCCUCCUGCGCAUUAUCGCUGUCUACAAAGACAACAAGCCGAUGCCAUGGAGUCGUAUCAACAUGCCGGGCCGAACACAAAAGUCCCUGCAGAACCAGUGGACCAAGAUCCAGAAAGAUAUCGCGGCACUCGCUGAUGGAGAUCCUGAGACUGCCUUGAAGGCCACUCCUCGCAAGCGCGGCAAGAAGUCUGUCGGCAUCGAGAACGGUGAUGAUGAUGACGAGGGCACAGCUACCAAGAAGAAAGGUAUGUGGCUCGGCUACAAGAGUCUUGAUAACCUAGCUUAUGGAUCCAUAGCCCGCACUCCUACCAAAGCCAAAGGCAAGGCCGCCAAGAAGGAGAUCAAAGACGAAGGUCUCACGGACGAUGAGGAAAUUCUCAUCAAGAAGGACGAAGAUAGCGAUAUGGACUGA